AUGCCCAUCUUAUCAGACACCACACUCUCUCACUCUCGCGGUGUCGCCUCCCGCUCGGAUCUCGCCCGUCCCCAUGAUGACGAGGACGCCUCGCAAGGCGCAUCACCUUCGAUCCCGACCAACGAUGCCACCGCCGCCAUCCACCUCCUGGCGGACACCGCGAUCAAGGACAUCCAACCGCUACUCCUCGGCAGUGACCCCGAGUUCUUCACCAUGCAUGGCGACCGACACCCUGGUCUCACCGUGUUCGGACUGGUCACCGACGGCCCCUUGGGUGACGCGUUCAGGUGGAACAAGGCUCUCUGGGAGGACCAGCCUCCGCGCUGGCAGCCUCGCGACCAAGAUAUCCUCGAACAUGUGCCGGUCAUGGACUAUACCGGGCCCAGCGGGGAGGACUGCAUGAUCGAUCACCGGAGCUCUGAAGACGAGCAGAGUACUGGAGGCAGCGAUGCCACUGCCGACGACAAGCAGGCCACAGGAGGUAGCGAUGCCUCUGGCGACGACGACCUGAGUACCGGAAGCAUCGACGCCAUCAGCGACGGCGAGCAGACUGGAGGCAACGACGGGACUGAGGGCGAGCAGACUGGAGGUAACAACGUCUCUGGUGACGAGCAGACUGUAGGAGGCCGGGAGAUUGCUGGCGACGAUUUGGAGGACGACUACUAUCCAUUCGCUGUCGGCUUCGAUCUCCCAGAACCGACGACGGCCGAGUGGCUCAAGACGGUCUGUCUGUCGUUCAAGAGGCUUUCAGUCGCACUCGUGUGGCAUGGCGUCGACCUCGACCUCUUUUUCAGCUGGCUUCCUGUUCCGACUCUGGUUGUGUUUGCGUGGCUGUCGCAGGAGAGAUGGGAGCCUCAAAACCCAUCGCUGCUCGCCAAGUCCAACGGCGGCGGCACGGCGGGCCACAUUAUCCCAGCGAAGAGCGGCUUCGGGAGACGGACAAGCCUUUCCACCAUUGUUCGCUAG